UUCCCCGUCACUCGUGCCGGUCGUGUGUGGCUUCCACUUCCACCCAUCUCCCUCGAUAGUCAGCAAGUACCCAGCACUCUCUCCUCCUUUCUCUUCCUCAGUCUUCACCCCACAUCCUUCGCCGUUCCUUCGACUAUAGCCGCUAUCCUCGUCAGCCCCGAUUGAGGCGGCGGCCGGCGCGCCCCAAGCACGCACGAGUUGACGACGGGUCCAGUGGCGGCGGCGGGAUCUUGCCGCCAGCGGCAGUGCCAAUCCGGCCCGGCCACGCAGGAUUUCGUGGAUACACUGGUCUAAGUUGUCAAGUUCUUGAGUCUUGACCUGACCUUAUCAGUUUUGCUUAUAAGGAUGGGGGUUUACCUCAGCACUCCAAAAACUGAUAAGCUAUCUGAAAAUGGAGAAAAUGAUAGACUUAAAUUUGGUCUUUCAUCUAUGCAAGGAUGGCGAGCAACCAUGGAAGAUGCUCAUUCAGCAUUGCUAGAUCUUGAUAGCGAGACAGCAUUCUUUGGUGUUUUUGAUGGUCAUGGAGGAAGAGUGGUUGCCAAAUUCUGUGCAAAAUAUCUGCAUGGUCAAGUUCUCAAAAGUGAAGCCUAUUCAGCGGGUGACCUAGGAGCUGCUGUCCAUAGAGCUUUCUUCAGAAUGGAUGAAAUGAUGCGAGGGCAGAGAGGUUGGCGAGAACUUUCUGCACUUGGAGACAAAAUAAACAAGUUUAGUGGUAUGAUAGAAGGAUUGAUUUGGUCUCCAAGGGGCAGUGAUUCGAAUAGUCAACAAGAUGAUUGGGCUUCAGAGGAGGGACCUCACUCUGACUUUGCUGGGCCAACAUGUGGGAGUACAGCAUGUGUAGCACUAAUAAGAAACUCCCAACUUGUUGUGGCAAAUGCUGGUGAUUCCCGAUGUGUUAUUUCAAGGGGUGGAAAGGCAUACAAUCUAUCAAGGGACCACAAACCAGAGCUUGCAGUUGAGAGAGAAAGAAUAAUGAAAGCAGGGGGGUUCAUCCAUAUGGGACGAGUAAAUGGAAGUCUAAACUUGUCUAGAGCAAUUGGAGAUGUGGAAUUGAAACAGAACAAAUUCCUGCCUCCCGAGAAGCAAAUUGUGACAGCCAAUCCUGACAUUAACGUUGUGGAGCUCUGCGAUGAUGACGACUUUGUUGUUGUAGCAUGUGAUGGCAUUUGGGACUGCAUGUCAAGCCAACAGCUGGUGGAUUUCAUCCAUGAGCGUAUAAACAUGGAGAGCAGCCUAUCUGCCGUGUGUGAAAGAGUGCUGGACAGAUGCCUGGCUCCAUCAACGAUCGGUGGAGAUGGGUGCGAUAACAUGACCAUGAUCCUGGUGCAGAUAAAAAAACCAGUCAAUCGGAAUAAAAAGGCCGAAGUAGCGGGUCAAUCUGCCAACAAUGCGGAUGAAGUCAAGAGUCGUGUCGCUGAGGAGUGAAACGUGGUUGACACUCACAAAGGUGCAACCAUUUGCUUUCAUAAGGGCAGGAAAAAAACUAAGAAAUGUGCACUGUACAUAUCUCAACUAUAUGUGGCAUGCUAUGCACAUCCUGCAUAAGAACCUCCGAUAAUGGCAUUGCCUAGUGCAGUGGUGGAUCUUCAGAAUCACAACCGUGUGCCCCGUCAUCCUCCGUUUAUCGCCCGUCGAGCAUUUCAGCUGCAGCUUUCGGUCAUCUACAGCCCUUGAAACUGCAGCAAAGUCGGUGUAUUCUUUCUGUGGUGUAGCAUUCCUCGUGUGCUGUAAACAAGCUUGGUUCCAUGGCUCACCAGGCUGUGCUUUCCUUCAAUAUGGUGUGUCAAAAUCCAGUUUUUGUUGCGAGAAUGAA